CGGGCGGCCAUCAAGGACUCUUCAGGUCAACGUGAUCCAAUCUGCCGUAUAAAACGCCCCUCUCGACGGUCCUUCCAGCACUGUUGUACUUCUCGUCGCCCCGUUGUCGUUAUAUCUCCAUUAUGUAUGCGAUAUUCGCGUUACUAUUCUACACAGUUGCAUUGGUGUCGUGUCAAUCGACGAGUAGACAAUACCAGUCACCUCAACAGGCAGCAAUUUUGAGCGACGCAAGAUAUCUGGCUGGAGAUGGAACUUUUGGCGCCGCUUAUUCACAAGAGGAUGGUGUGGAAUUCAAAGAGGAAAGCGACGUUUACGGGAAUCGCCGUGGGUCUUACUCCUACGUCGAUCCUACGGGUCAAAGACGCACAGUGACAUAUACGGCUGGGAAAAAUGGCUUUCAGGCCACAGGCGAUGGCAUUCCCGUUCCACCCCCGCAAGUUCCGCCUCAGCCAGAGUACGUACCUCUACCGCAAUACAACCCACCCGAUUAUCAACCACCGCGAUACAACCCAUCCUUGCAAUCGUAUCAACGUCAAAGUCAACCAGUUUAUGAAGCACAACCAGCGCCUCAGCCCCAACCUCAACCUCAACCUCACCUUCCACCUCAACCAGUGUAUCAAUCUCAACCACAAUACCAACCUAGACCUCAACCACCACCUGAAAUUCAAUCCAUUCCUUCCUACAACCCACCGCCACAGUAUCAACCUCCGGCUAGACCAUUACCACAGUACAACGCUAUAACGACGCCACCACCUCGAAGGUUCUACCCACCUGGAAAAUUGAACUUCAAUAGGACUCCGGAUGGCUACUCUUACACGUUUAAUAAAAGUUAAGGAAAAGGUAACUAGGAAUGGGAGUAACUUCUAAUUUGUAAUUUGUCACUCGUAAAAAUUGACCAAUAAUAUGGAAGAAUAGAAUAAUAUACGACAGGGCGCAGAUUGUCAUCUUAUAUGGAAAAUUUAAUUUAUAUGGAAAGAUAAAGAUCUUUCAUCUCAUGAAAUUCGUUCAUAUUAAGAUUUUAAAGAAAAUUGUCUAUUUUUUAACUAUCUAUUUUAAACUCGAGAGAGAAUUGAUUAAUUGAUUAUUAUAAGUUAGUUUGUAUGCAUCUAUCAUUUUGUCGAUUUUCUUUGAGGUGUAUGGUUAAUAUUUAAAACUUACUGGAUUCAGAAAUAGAAUAUACCUAUAAAUUAGGAUAAAAUUGAAUAUCAUGUAAAUUGUACUUAAAGAGGAAAGGAAAAAAUGGAAAGAAUAAUUAGAAUAAUUCUAUUAAUUUGUGAAUAAGUCUCUGGAAUCCUAUUAUAGAAAUUGUAUGACGCAAAAGAUUUCUGUGUAUUAUAAUAUAGAUUUUCGCUGUGUAUUGUGUAAUAUAUCGUGUGCUUUUUGUAAUUUAUUAGAGUAGAACUAACCUUAGAAUAUUUGCUAAUUUGCUCAUAUAUCAUUUAUUCUGAAUUUAGAGAGCUACAUUUUCAAGAAUUUCCACGUUUUAUUUUGUAUAUCGUAGUUUAAUAGUUAACAUAAUGUUUUUCAAUGAUAGCCUAUCUAAAAUCUAUUAAACCAAGCGUAUCACAAAAUUUUCGAAAAAUUCUAAGAAAUCUACUAUCUGUAAAUAUCAUAGGCGGAAAUUAACAAACGAUAAAUUAAAUGCGCGAGCAUGCAUUCAUAAUUAGGAGAUUGUAGGUAGCCAGAGCCUUGUCCAUGAUCUUACUACAAGGUACCUCGCGUGAAACAAGUUGAACUUCCUCUGAAACACUGCAUACAAUCUAUAUAAAUUCUUGAGGAAGCGAAUACAAUAUUUAUUUUGCCAAUUAGGGAGGAUUCCUUCGUCCACUUACAUUAUCGCUAAUUAUGGGUAUAGUGUCAGGCAAAUAUUCGCGAUAGAGUAGAUUAGAUUAGUUGGAAAGUUCUAUCGACUUCUUUCACUUAAAGUUUCUUUUAGUUCGAUAAUUUAUAUCUGCAAAUAUUCUAUUAGCCAGAAUAAAAAUUUCCAAUUACAAGGAAGCAUUUCAUUUUCUUCAUAACAUUCGCAAAGUGUACCAUGAAAUGGAGAAAGUAUGCUUCGUGUAUCGAUGUGUCAUUUCAUUAUGGCUCCUGGAAGAACUCCUAAAAAAGCGAAGAAAUUAUAAAUUCUAUACUUCAGAGGAAAAAUGUAGACGAUAGGUUUGAGUAGCGUUUCAGCAGCGUAAGGCGAAGAGUACCAAUUAAAAUUUCUCACUGAAGUGUUGGAAUGAAUUUAAAUGGAGAGAAAGGAGAAGCAUUAAAUAAGAAAUGUCGAUAGGAAUUUCCGACAGAUCGAACGGUUCGCGUGAAAUUAGCAGCGGCGCCGUGUAAACUAUUCAGCAUUUUACAAACUCCAUUAAAUCGAAUUUUCUUAAUCGCUUCGAUUGGACGACGCCCUGUGUUUCGCAUAGCAAUUCCCUUUACAAAUGCGAGCACUAUCCCGCGCACUUUGGGGUCACGUUACUUUCAUUGAACAACCUUUGACGUAUCCCAUGCUAUUACAACGAUCUACGACGGAUCCCACGAUCCAUGAGGGAGGAUACGUGAUCUUUUAGGCGUGAUUCAUACCUUAUUGUAAAUAUAGGUUGAACGUGUAAGGCAUCGCCUCUUGAAACAGGUUUCAGUAGGUUACAAUAAUUUCAAUUAUGCUUCAUAUCCUACUAUAUUGUAUUAUAUCUAUUUCUGUAAUUGGGAUAAAAGACUAAGAUAGGAUAGAAGUGAUCGAACUAAUUUCUAAAUCUAAUAAACUGAUAUAAAAAUGUAUAUGAUCUCAUUUCCUCGUUAUAACGUCUUAUUUGUAUUGUUCUUGUAUUACUAUAUUUUUCGUCUCUGGUAUUGUCUCCCGCUCGUUAUAAUUAAAAUAUUGUAAUAAAUAAAAUAUACUGAAA